CAAAAUGGUAUCACUGCAGGCCAAUAUGCAGGUCCAUGAUGACCUUGCAGCGCUCUUCUCACGGAAUAUGACCUUUAACCCGGAGGCGGUUCCCAAGGAGAUGCCUCAGGAAAUGGUCGUCUCUGAACAGAUGAACCAGCCGAUUAUCUAUGCUAUAUCACAGCACUACAACCACUCCGCUCAUAUCGCCAAACCCCAACUCCAAAACCAAGACUCGCAGAGGCACUCAUCGGAGCCACCACAGAGUGAUGUCGUUUCAUCCGAGACGAUAUUACGGACACAUGGCGUUGAUCCGGUCACCCUGACGCCCUCGCAACUGCAGCUCUUCCGCAUAGCCGAUGCUACUCAAAAGAGAAGGCUAGUUGAACUAUGGAGCAUCUGCCCUCCGAGCAGCGGCGGAGAUAUCCCAGCUCUUGCUUGGAGCAGCACAACGAUGGAGCAGGAGGAGCACCUGGCUCAGCUACGUUAUCAGCAACAGCAGAACAACCAUGUCAUGAGCCUGGAUGGCACAACAGUUCAGGCCUCAAACAGCACGUGGGUUCACCAAGCUACCCAAGAGAGCGAGCCUUACAUGAUGUCUGGAUAUGAGGAGAUUAUGCGACGAGAGCGGGAGCGUGAGGAGGCCAACUCCCGCCCAAAGGAUGCUUAUAGCCACUUUGGCACCUCUGUCGGCGGUCCAAGCUAUAACCCUUCUACAGACCCCGUCUAUCUUGGCGCUGACUAUGCUCGACACCAACUACAGAUGGCUUUGGCUGAGCAGUAUGGCUCUUUUGAACAACAUCGGGGAAAUCAGGCAGUGGACGUUAUGGACAUGUAAUGUUAGAAAACAUACAAUAUAGCAAAACGCCGACACGGCCCAGCCCGUGGUAACAGGCGCGGUUAGAUAGCAGCGCAGGCUAGCUCUGGAGGAUUCUUUUCUUUUGUCGGAUUGGUAUGGAUGGCUGAGUUUUUAGGCUUUUAACAAGUUUUGUUCUUUUGUAUGAAUAAGGGGAGGAAAUGUACUUUGGAAGGGUGGGCUGGUCUUGGGGUACUUUUCGAGUUCAUGUUUCAAACUCUUUCUCUCCUGUUUCCCCCAAAACUCUUCUUUGUUUCAACUAACCCCCCCUUUAAUUCCCCCUAUAUACCCCCUUUCUUGUGAUGGUCGCAGUGAGGGCUAACGGCUUUUUCUACAGAGGGUCAUGGUGAAUGUUGUGGCGUGAGUUGAGGUAUGUAUCCUUCCCCCUUAUCCCCUCUACUCCAUCUGUAGAAGUCUGGGAACCCAAUGAUGGCCAUACAAGCCGGACGUAGAAC